GUGGCGGGAGGCGAGGAGGCGGCUUACAAUCAGCAGUUGGAGGAGGGAGCGAAGCGCAUGUCUGCGAUCGAUGGCAUGGACGACUUGCUGGCCGAGCUCUUGCAGCAAGAGGAAGAGCCUGAGGAGGCAGAGGCAGAGGGGGCAGAAGAGGCAGAGGGGGCAGAGGGGGCGGAGGAGGCAGGGGAGGAGGAGGAGGAGGAAGUUCCAGCUCCAUCCAAGGAAGCCCCGCCAACCACACCUCCAGAAAAGGCAGAGGCGGAGGCAGAGAAACCCGACGAUGGCAAGGCAGCAGAUGGAGGAGCAGAGCCGGCUGUGGAAGCUCCAGCCCCCCCAAUUGCAGAGCCAGUCGCUGCAGAGCCCGCCACUGAGGAGCCGGCGGCCACAGAGCCAGAACCAAAGCAGGAAGCUGAAGAGGCAGUGGCAGACGAAGCCGCCGCAGAGGGAGAAACAAAGAAGCGUCGCAGACGGAAGAAGCCCAAGGGAGAUCAGGUCGAUGCGGCAGAGGCAGCAGCAGUCGCAGCCGCUGACCCGAGCGAAGCUGCAGGAGGCCAGCCUACUGCGGCAAGCAAGGACCACGAGGUGGAGCCAGUCGCAGAGGCAACAGCAGCAGCGUCAGCCACACUAGCAUCAGCGUCUGAGCCUAAGGUAGAUGCGGCUUCAACCGCGGCAGCUGAUGCACGGGAGGCUGGCAAACGGGACGAGAGUUCAAGCGCAGAUGGGCAUGCUGUCGGUGCGACAGCAUCUCGGAAAAGUGCAGUCGGAAAGGUUCCAGCAGAAGUUGACUCUGGAGAUGGGGCUGCAAGCCAGAAAGCCGCAGAAGCUGGCGAGGCCGCUCCCUCGACAGAAAAGCCCGCCGAGCCUUCAGAAGAAGCAGGUCACGCAGAUGCAGAGGCCGCAGCUGCGAAGCCGGCAGAUCCUGCCCAGCCUGUCAUGCCCGAGCCUGCGGAGCCUGCGGAGCCUGCGGACCUGAAGAGCCAGCGAAAGAGCGCCUUCAAGGCCGCGGAAGCGGUGAAGAGCGAGAGCGACUCCAGGGAAGCGGAGGAGCAGGGCCCGGGCCCCGAGGAGCAGAUUUGGGAGUGCGAAGCAGGCGAGGAGGUGGGUGAGUUGGGGAUUUUCCCUGCGGCCUUUCCGCCUGACCCGGUGGAAAUCUACUCGGUGACCGAGGGCUCUUGGGCGGCAGGGGAGGGUGUCGUGGCGGGCGAUGUUCUGGUGGCCAUCAACGGAAAGCCCGUUCCCGAGAAGAAGGACAUGAAGCGCCUGAUGAGGGAGCGGCCUCUUCGCCUCACUUUUCAGAGGCCGAUUUUCGAAACCCCAGAGGAGUCUGCAGACGAGGGGGAGAUGCCGGGAUUCGAGUGCAAAGCUGGGCCGGAGGUCGCGGAUCUGGGAAUCUACCCCUCAGCCUUUCCACCCGAUCCUAUGCUCGUGGCCAGGGUCACAGAGGCUUCUUGGGCAGAAGAGCAGGGCAUCUUGCCUGGAGACGAGCUCCUGGAGAUCCAAGGGAAGGCGGUUCAAGAGAUGACCGCCAAGGAAGCGAAGCGAGCAAUGAGGGAGAGGCCGCUUCUCUUGUUCUUCCACCGGUCGGAAGAGCCGGCUUCGGCAUCCUCCUCGGCGCCCGCCUCCCCACCGCCGAAGCCGCGAAAGUCCAAGGCACCUGAGACACCGGACGAUGUGCUGAGCCAGGCUCGGAAGUCCCUGGCGGCCAUCCUGCCCGACGGCAUGAACCCCUUACAGAACACAGCCUCGGCGUCGAGCUCCAGCGCUCGCAAGUCCAAAAGGGCAGAGACCGCCGAAGGACUUCGAACUUCCAAAGUUGUCUUCCAAGAAGAGGCAGCGGAGGAGGACGGCUGGGAUGAUGACGACGACGAUUGGAAUCAGCCCGUGGCUCAGAAAGGCACCAAAGGCAAGAAGGACGCGAAAGCCUCCGAUAAGAAGAGCGACAAGAAAGGGAAAGACGGCAAGGAGAAGCCGAAGCAAGGCAAGCCUGAGAGUGACAAGAGCGACAAGAAGGAGAAGGAGAAGGAGAGGGAGAAGGCGAAGGAGAAGCCUAAGGAGAAGGGUAAAGAGCGGGAGAAAGCAAAGGAAGCUCCGAAAGAGAAGGAGAAGAAGGAAGAGGCUCCACCGCCCCUGCUUUGCUUUGCCUCCGCCAGCGACGUGCGCCUGGGCUUCAAAGUCGACUGGCCACCGAACCCCACCUACGUCAGCAAGGUCGACCGAAACAGCUGGGCCGAGAUGGCGCAGGUGGAAGUUGGUCUGCGAUUAGACAAAGCUGGCGGCAAGGAUGUGGCAAAGAUGAGCAAGGAGAAGUUGAAAAAGAUACUUGACGAGACGAGGCCUCUGGAAUUGGCCUUUGUAAAGGACAAG